GGUGUGGGAGCUGAGAGAGAGAGAGAGACCCAAGAGUUGAAGCAACCACUGUGAGGCAUCGCCAAGGUGAAGGAUGCUUGCAGAACCAGGCCCGGCUGCACGGGAGCCAGAGCAGCUCGGAGCAGUCAAACUGGAGGAGGAAGAGGCUGCCGGCCAGGAGGACCCCAGGCGGCCAGAGGCCAGGCCCCGGCCCGAGGUGGCUCACCAGCUCUUCAGGUGCUUCCAGUAUCAGGAGGACAUGGGGCCGAGGGCAUCCCUGAGCCGCCUCCGGGAGCUCUGUAGCCACUGGCUGCGGCCGGCUCUGCACACCAAGAAGCAGAUCCUGGAGCUGCUGGUGCUGGAGCAGUUCCUGAGCGUGCUGCCCCCCCACCUGCUGGCCCGGCUCCAGGGCCAGCAGCUCAGGGAUGGCGAAGAGGUGGUGUUGCUGCUGGAGGGUGUCCAGAGGGAGUCCAGCAAUGUGGGGCCGCUGGAUUUUAGUUUUAAUGCUGGCAAGAAUUGUCCCCGUGCAGAGGUCACCUUGGAGGAACAGGGGGGCUCUUUCCAAGUCUCCAGCCACAGCCCCAAGAAGGAAGUGCCCUCAGAAGGGCCUCCAGCCCUGGAGCCAUCGCAGGAACUCUCGCUGUCCCAGCCAGUGCCCUCCAAGCCUGCUGAGAUGGGGGCCUGGAGAUGUCCCCCAAGUUCAAAGCAGCCACUGAGUCCAGGUCCCAAGAGAACAUUGCAGGCCCCGCAAGAGAGCGCCCCGCUGGGUCCUGAGCUGUGGCCAGAGGAGAACUCUGGAGAUCAGGAGCUAGCAGCUGUGCUGGAGUCCCUAACCUUUGAAGAUGUCCCAGCAAAGAAGGCUUGGCCUGUGCAUCCUCUGGGAUUUGGAGGCAGAACCCCAGACGAGGCGUUUAAAGAAGAGGAACCGAAAGGGGUGUCCUGGCCCGCUGCCACCUCAGCGAAGUCUCAGGCAGAGAGUCCCAGGGUGGCAGAAGAGCCCCACACUCAGUCGCUCGGCCCGGGCCCUGAGGUGGGCGGCCCCGGUGGAGAAAUGUCCCCUCCCGACAGGAGUGAAGUUCUCGAGGUCAAAGUGGCUGGGGGCGCCCCCAAGUCGGAGCCGGAGAUAAAGUUCAUCUGCACAGACUGCGGGGUGAGCUUCCCACAGCUGGCCCGCCUGGAGACGCACCAGCUGCGGUCUCACCCGGGCGCGCGGUCCUUCCUGUGCUUGUGCUGCGGGAAGAGCUUCGGCCGCAGCUCCAUCCUCAAGCUGCACAUGCGCACGCACACGGAUGAGCGGCCGCACACCUGCCACCUCUGCGGCCACCGCUUCCGCCAGAGCUCGCACCUGAGCAAACACAUGCAGACGCACUCCUCCGAGCCCGCCUUCCUGUGCGCCGAGUGCGGUCAGGGCUUCCAGCGCCGGGCCCGCCUCAUGCAGCACCUUCUGGCGCACGCCCAGGACCAAAAGCCCCCAGGCGCCCCGGAGACCAAGACCCCAGCGCCCCCCGAGCUGGCCAUCGUCCUGUGCUCCCACUGCGGCCAAACCUUCCAGCGCCGCUCCAGCCUCAAGCGCCAUCUGCGGAUCCACGCCAAGGACCAGGGCCACCAGUGCUCCGAGUGCUCAGGCAGCCUGCGUCCCGGGCCCGAGCUCAGGCCCUACGUGUGUGGCGACUGCGGCAAGGCUUUCCGGCGCAGCGAGCACCUGGGGGCACACCGGCGUGUGCACACAGGCGAGCGGCCCUUCUCCUGCCAGGUCUGCGGCCGCAGCUUCAGUCAGAGCUCCCAGCUGGUCUGCCACCAGCGGGUGCACACGGGCGAGAAGCCCUACAGCUGCCCACACUGCGGGAAGCGCUUCAUGCGAAGGGCCGGCCUCGCGCGCCACCUCCUGACCCACGGCGGCCCGAGGCCCCACCACUGCACCCAGUGCGGCAAGAGCUUCAGCCAGACGCAGGACCUCGCCCGCCACCGGCGCAGCCACACCGGGGAGAAGCCCUGCCGCUGCAGCGAGUGUGGCGAGGGCUUUAGCCAGAGCGCCCACUUAGCGCGCCACCAGCGCAUCCACACCGGGGAGAAGCCUCACGUCUGUGACACGUGCGGCCACCGCUUCCGCAACAGCUCCAACCUGGCCCGCCACCGCCGCAGCCACACGGGCGAGCGGCCCUACAGCUGCCAGAAGUGCGGCCGGAGCUUCCGGCGCAACGCCCACCUGCAGCGCCACCUGGCCACGCAUGCCGGGGCAGGGGACGAGGGCGUGUCUGGGCAGGCCGAGCCCCCCCAGGAGUGCCUGGAGUGCGGCAAGAUCUUCAGCCGCAGCUGCAACCUACUGCGGCACAUGCUGGUGCACACGGGGGCCAGGCCCUACUCCUGCGCGCAGUGUGGCCGCAGCUUCAGCCGCAACUCCCACCUGCUACGCCACCUGAGAACCCACGCCCGGGAGACCCUGUACUAG